AUGAGUCGUCUGGUGCAUAUUCUGAGAACCGGAAAACUAAACUACCAAAAAGCGUUGAAGCUCCAGAAAUCCGUAUCUGAAAUGGUCCACAAUGGGUCGGUGGCCAACGUUCUCAUUUUGACUGAACAUGACCCAGUCUAUACCGUGGGUAUUCGUACCAAAACUUACGACCCGGAGGAAGAACAGCGUCUGAAGGCUUUGGGUGCCGAAUUCUAUAGAACGAAUCGAGGUGGAUUGAUAACGUUCCACGGCCCAGGACAGUUGGUUGCAUACCCGGUGAUGAAUCUUAAAAAUUUUCAACCCAGCGUUCGCUGGUACGUUUGUCACAUCGAGAAGACUGUCAUCGAGCUGUGUCGACGCUACGGAAUCCAGGCAGCUACAACCCAGGACACGGGCGUUUGGGUACAGGAUAGAAAGAUUUGUGCCAUCGGAAUCCACGCUAGCAGGUAUGUAACAACGCAUGGGCUGGCUUUAAACUGCAAUACGGAUUUGGGUUGGUUCGAGCACAUUGUUCCAUGCGGAAUUGAGGGUAAGGGUGUUACUUCACUGAGUAGGGAGUUGAAAAAGAAUGUUAAGAUCGACUGUGUUACCCCCAGAUUUUUGGAAAGCUUCAGGUAUACGCUUGAAUGUGACUUAGAAGAAGUGAGUAAAGAAAAUAGAAAUAAGUUUUUAAGUCUUGUCGAUUGAGAGUUCGAAUAGAUUAACAGAUAAAGUUUGAUUUUCUCUGCUAGAUCAGUAAGCCGUUUAUAAGAUUGUAUAUUGCAAUAAACCUUCCGGAUACAUUUCAAUUAUUA